CCUUCAUGGCUGCCACCCUGUUGUAUGUCGGUCUCCCACUCAAUCCCAAGUACCUGCACUUCACUUCGUGUUUCCUUGGAAAGGCAGUCCAUGAUUCCCCUCACCCAUUCGCCUCCUCCUCUGCUCUUGAACUCUCCCAUUCCGAACCUCCUCCAACUCUGUAUUCCCGUCUCUCUGUUGGGUUACUUUGUCCCUCACUCCUCGACUCUUCACGUCUUCUACAGCCCGAGGGAAUCGUCGUCACUCGGCCCAGUCCGGCAGCCUCUCGGGUUCCUCCUCUGUCUGAUUUCCACCUUGAGCGUCGAACCGUCAACGCCAACCACCGACAAUGUAAAGUUAUUGACUGUCGAAUCCCGCCUUAUGGUUGUCUAGACUUCCUUCCCUUGAGCUUCUUUUUCCUAUUUGGAGCCAGCCAGGUCCUGGAGCCUUGUCAGCGUACCUACAAGAGAGGACCCCUCAAAACCCCCGAGUUAAAUCGACAACUUCUUUCUCAACGCCGACCAACCUACCCUCAGCCCCUACCGAAACACGCGCAGGGGCAUCGUCAAUUGUUGGCAAAGAUGGUGCUCAAGAUCCCCGAUGCCGGCCUCACGCUGGAGAGCUCGCCCAAGGCGAUGGCCGCCCUCCCGGCCCAGGCUUUUGCUGUCACCCUGAACGACAAGGUUAUUGAGGAUAUGAUUGCAUGCGUUCAAAAUGGCCAAGAUAUCCAACUAUCGCUAGGAGACACUCCUACGUUUCUCUUUGGAGACCAGGAACACCAAAUUUCGAACUCGGCGAGCCCCUCGACAUACGACAUCUUCUUUUCAAACUCGACCAAUCCCAAGACUAUCGACAGGCUACCGAAUCCCACAAUGUGUAUCCUCCGCCAACCAAAAUACCAGGCCAUGGUGCAGAGGGCCUUGAAGGGCGAGAAGUCCAAGGCAAAACCGACAAAACCCCGUGCCACUGCUUCCAAGCCAGCUGCCUCGCAGAAGGAUACCAACGAUGCGGAUGCUGAUAUUGAGGCAUUGCAACUUCAGCUGGCUCAGGCCAAAGCAGAAAAGCUAGAGAACUCGGCUAAGGUCAUUGGCGGGCCUCUACCGAUGAAAGGGGGCAAAGUCAAACCCGGCAAGGCAAAACUACUCGGUACACAGACCAGUGCCACCCCCCGAUCCAUGCCCUCCAGUCCCGCUUUGAGCGGCAUCACUUCUCCCUCGCUCGGCCCAGUCAGCACGGCUGGACAGCAGGCAAAGGAGCGAGCGAAGGAACAGCGGUUCCCAAUCAUCCAUGAGCUAGCAGUGAGAGAACGAACUUUUGGCAGCUUAUUCUCCGAGUGGGAUGGGACCGAGCAGGAGUUCCAGACGGCCCUGGAAAAGGUUGCCACUUUUGAUAACGACUUGCAGAAAUGGGUCAUGAACAAGCUGUACUGGAAGGAGUUGGACGUCUUCAAGUACCGAUAUAAGAAUGACGAGGACCGGCAGAAGGCUAUCGACAACGCCAUCAAGCAAUAUGACCGCAUGCGGCUGGGCGUAUCGGACCCCCUCUGGCAACGGCUCCUCCCGAAAUCGGAGCGUGGGAAGGGCAUCUGUCUUGGUAAAAUCCAGGCAGCUAUCGCCAAGGGGCCGCAAGCUCCGGCGCCGAAGAUCAACAUUCACAAGGCGGACGGCUCGAGCACCAAUACCAGCGGAGAUUCGGAGAAGGAUGACUCUGGACAGGGGAAGAAGACUAAUAAGGGCGGGGAGAGCAUGUCGCGGUCAAAUUCUCAGCCAUUGCCCGCUAAGUCGAAGAAGAUGACGGAUGGUCAGGCCCAGGCAAAGCGCCUUCUAUCCAACAACAAGAAGCCCGCGCCGGCAAAGGCCUCGCCCAAGGCAUCCCCGACGAAAACAACAGCAACAGGGAAGGCCCCACCGGCCAAAGGCGGCAGGGUGUUGUCAAAGGAGUUCGUGACCGACUCUGAUUCGGAAAGCGAAGAGGCUCCCCUGUCGAAGACCGUUCUCAAGCCCAAACCAGCGCCGAGACCAGCCGUCGAGCGACCAGCAGAAAAACCAAGGGUGGUUGAGAAGACCAAGGUACCUCUGGCCCCGAAGCUCAAGCCGGCGCCAAGAGCGCAACCGAAGGUCAAGGAAACCAUCAACGCCCAGGUUGCAAAGCCCAUCAGACCCUCGAAGCGGCCGAGGGAAGUCGACGAUGACGAUAGCUCGAGCUCCGGCACGCCCCUGAGCAAGCGCGUCAAGCCGAAAGAACAGGUGGCCCGGGUGUCAGCUGCCGUGACCAAGCACCGCGCUUCGGAUGCCAGCCAGAACAGCCGUGGAACCAACUCGGGUGCCUCCUUAGCCAAGUCGAAGGACACGUCUCCUGUCAAGUCCUCGCCCCUCGCCUCCUCGCCACCUACUAACGCCUCGGACCUCGACCCGGCGGAAGAGAGAGACACGAUCGUGGCCAAAAAGCGGAAUGCGGACUCGGCACCCAACCAUGACUCGUACGAGUCAAUGGCGAAGCGGCAGAAACUGUCUCCGACAGUCCUGCAACAGGCUCACAGAUUCAAAACGUUCUACGCUAGCUAUGAGGCAUUGCACAAGGAGAUUGUCGCGCUGGAACACCCGCCAGCGCAGAAGGUGACGGAUCUUCUGGAUAUGAGAGAGAGGUUGCGCCUUAUGAAGCAGAGUAUCUACAAGGAGAUCCCCCCCGAGAAUUGACCGGCCAGGACGGACGAAGUUUGAAAGGCAACUUUUGACGAGAAAUGAAGUUUGAGAUCCUACGGGGCGAGAUGACGCAGGCGGCUGAUUUCCACCGACCUGAACAUUGAAUUGUACCGCGAGAGAUUGUGGAGGAUGAUGAUCCAAAUUCGAAAGCGAGUCGAGCCUCAAAGAAUUAUCAGGGGGUCUAGCAUUGGGGCGGCAUCUCUUGUGUUUAUCUCAUCAUAAGCGGCAUUAGCGGACCAGCGAGCUUGGAUCAGGGAACGGUGAGGGUUGACUUGAAAAGUAACCUCGACGUCAUGACAGAUCAGGGAAAUAGUAGUAGUAAAUAAACAAAAAACAAUACAUGAGCCAAAAUGGCAAAUUACUCG